UGGAUCCGCCCCGCCCUCAGCAAAGGCGGCGGCCGGAGCCUCGGCGGGGCCUGGCCAGCGCCGGUCACAUGGCGGGGAGCGGCGGCGGCAGGCAGCGGAGCCGGGGGCCGGGGCAGCAGCAUGGCCCUGGAGGACCCGUUCUCCGCCGUGCGGAGGGAGGUGCAGAAGGCGGUGAACACGGCCCGGGGGCUCUACGGGCGCUGGUGCGAGCUGCUGCAGGAGACUCGUGUGGUCAGCGCGGAGGAGUUCGACUGGACCACGAACGAGCUGCACAACAGCCUGCGCAGCAUCGAGUGGGACCUGGAGGAUCUGGAGGAGACCAUCCGCAUCGUGGACUCAAACCCUCGCAAGUUCAGGAUCGAAGCCAGCGAGCUGACGGAGAGACGGGCCUUCGUGAAACAGAUGCGGGACUCUGUCAAGGAGAUGCGGGAUCACGUAUCCAGCCCAUCAGCCCUGGCCGUCACUGAGCGGAAAAACAGAGAGAUGCUGAUUGGUGGUGGGGCCAGCCAGAAGCCCCCCCUGGAGCAAUACGGCCCGCUGCGUGCGGAGCUGGUGUCAGCCAAUUCCCGCUAUAUUGAGGAGCAGCAACUGCAUCAGCAGCUGAUCAUAGACCAGCAGGAUGAGCAGCUGGAGCUGGUGUCAGGCAGCAUCCGAGUCUUGAAGCACAUGUCGGGCCAGGUUGGGGAUGAGCUGGAGGAGCAGAGCUUGAUGCUGGAGGAGUUUGCCCAGGAGAUGGACAGCACCCAGUCCCGCAUGGAUGGCGUGCUGAAGAAGAUGGCCAAGGUGUCCCACAUGACCAGCGACCGGCGCCAGUGGUGUGCGAUUGGCAUUCUGCUCGUUCUCCUCAUCGUGGUGCUUAUCCUCUUCUUCGCUCUGUAAUCGACUGGCCAGGACUGCGGGGGGGGGGGGGCGGGAGGCAGCACUCUCCUGACCACCCCCCCCUCCAUGCACAUGCCUCCAUCCUUGCUUGGCAAGCAGCCUGGGAGCUGCCCACCCGGUGCCUUUCUCUGACCCUUGGGGCUGGCACCUGUGGAGAAAGAAACGGCACCUCCAGGUACCAGGGGAGAUUCCUGCUGGAAAUCUGGUUCAGGUCCCCCCCAGCCUUUGCUUCCACAGCGGGGGCAUCCUCAGCCUGUAGGGGCAGUAGCAACGUGCUGGAAUGGGAGGGCGCUUCUGAUCUCUCCCCAGAUUUGGGAGGGAGGGGAAGCCAGUUAAUUGGUACCUCUACCCCCCAUCUGCAAAGCUAGGAGCUGGGAGGAGAAGCAGCUUGCCCAUCCCAUGUUCCAGGAUGGGAUGGGGCAGCACAGCCUGUGCCACCAGGGGACGCUGACUAAUCACACCAGCUCUCUGCAGCCUGUUGCAGGUAGAACAAUUCCUACGAGCAUGAGAUGCAGACUCAGCGGUUAACAACCUCCCCUGCUGCAUGGGUUUAGGGCUCCCCCACCUUAAAGCCCAGCUGCGCUUUGCCAGGCGUGUGCUCACUCCUCUCCCCUCCCUGGUGGGGCCGUCAUUCAUUUUUUGUACGAAAAGACGAAAUAAUUCCUCGGGCGGGUUCUCAUGCGAAGGGUUUUCAGUUAAAGAAACUGGGGGUCUUGUUGCUGGAUUUUUGCUGCCUUAGUGGGGAGGAAGAAACCUGACUGCUGUUGUUGUUAAUUAUUUGUAUUAUGGUAGGGCCGUGAGGCCCCCAUGGUGCUUGGUGCUGUACAAACAUAACCAGGACGGACCCUGCUGGUGCCUCUGCCACGGGGGAGAGACUGCAGUGCAUACUGGGAGAUGUAGUCUGGCCAGGGAGCAGGGCCCAUGGGGGAACCAGGAGUAUGAGACACUCGUUUCUACAAUUCCCAUGAUGCACUCUGGCAGCUGAGCAGCUAGGAGAGACUGCAGUGCAUGAUGGGAGAUGUAGUCUGGGCAGGGAGCUUGGCCCACAGAGGAAAACAGGGGUGGGAGUGACUCCCAGCUACUGCCCAGUGACUGGGCUAUAGGGAGCGAGCACAAUGCAUUAUGGGAGAUGUAGUCCAGCAAGGGAGCAGGACCUGUCGGAGGAAGUAGAGGCGUAAAGGACCUCCAACUACAGCUCCCGUGUGACAGGAUCCUAGAGUCUCACGGCCUAGCUGGAACCUGAAUUUCUAAUGUAAAAAAAAAAAAAAAUUUUUUUUUAAAAAAACCUUUAAACAAAUGCACAAUAAAGCAGCAAAACUGAGGACCUGAGCCCAGUUUUUUGUCCCUUUAAAGGGGCCUGGUUUUUGUCAGUGGCUCCGUGCGCUGAGAUGGGGCUGGCCUUGGCAACGUUUAGUGCUCCGUCACUGGGGAACUUUGCAGUGCUCUGAGAAGUGACUUUUAAGACCAGCUUAGCGUGGGGGCCCAGCUCCCCAGCAUCUGUGAAUCAUCCAUCACUCCACUGGGGUCAGUGGGGCCAGAUCCCCAGCUGCUGUAAAGUGGCGUUGUCCCAUCGGGAUCAAUGGGACUGCACUGAUUUACACCUGCUGAGGCUGUAACUGUCCCGGUUGUGUGUCUAACAUCAGUGGCGGGGCUCCGCAGAGGGUGUUAAUCCAAGUGGCUCCUUGGCCGUUAUGCCAGCUGAGAAUCUGGCCCCCGGCCUUCCCAAGCGCUGCCUAGAAACGGGCCCAGCCCUGAGCAUGCAGCAAGCCCGCAGGCAGAGCCGGCACAGAACGCGACGGCGCCUCUGGGCGCUGCGGGGGCCUUGUUGCGAACACAAAGUCACCGGGGCUGGGUUUUGUCCCUCAGAGGCAGCGGAUCUGGCUCCUGUGGGGAUGGGAGGGCAUAAGAAGAAGAGAUCUGGGGGCAGAUCCCAGGCACGAGGCGUAGCUGGACACGGGCCCAGCGUCCAGCGCUUGUAAUUGUGGUAACCUGCAAGGUUCUGGGUCUCUCCUGGGGAAACAACACAUUUCCCCCCCCCCGCCCAGCCACUCUCUUCUCCGCAGGCAGGAAUGGGGCUGCGAAUGGCAUUGGAGCGGCUGAAUGAAUGGAGACAGCUGCUAACGAGGCCUGCCCCUCCUCCCCCCGUUAUAAAGGCUGGAUGAGUUUGGGUGACUGUUGGCAGCUGGGGGCGGGGGGUGCCUUUAAGCCACAGGGGGUCAACUUCUCAUGGUGCUACACCUGGGGGGACAGGGCGGGGUGCUGCUUGGUAACGUAAUAAUGAAUAAGCUCAUGGGAGCGCCCCAGCAGGGGCUCCCUCUGCUCUGUCACCCCCUGCAGGGUGCAAAGGGAGCUGCAGUGGGCCUCUCCCAAGAGUUUCUAUCUGUAGCCAGAGGCGGCUGUGUGUACAGCCACUGCACUGCUUCAGAGGGGCAGGGGGUGAUGCACGGACACCCCUGCAAGGCGCCCUGCCUGUGCUGUGAUGGGGUGUAUGAACCCCCUACUGGGCAACAUGGGGUUAAGGGAUUAUUUUGGGCCCCGCCUCACUACUCUUGCAGCAAAUGUUCCAUCUACGGAGGGAAUUAAAAGGCCGGGAAUGAGCUUGUUUGGGGGGGCAGUGCAAAGGGAAGCCUCGAGGCCCUGACACAGCUGCCCCAAGGGGACCCACACCAGAGAGGGAAGGCUGGACCCACACCAGAGAGGGAAGUAUGCUGUGGUCCUUGGACAUUGGUAACCACCCCUCCUUCCUUAGGGUGGUUUGGAUUUCCCCACCCGGAGAAAUCCUUGGACUAAGCUGACUUUGUUGGUGGGGGACAAGAGGAAGAGGCCAACCUUGUUUGCCAGACUGCUGGUAGCCCACAUGGGCCUGGGUGGGAGCCCCGUGGAGCGAGAAGGCCCGGGUGCCCCUCCCCACACCCCCCUUGGUAGUCAGAGGUUGUGGCUGUGACCACUAGGUCACUCUCCCCAACCAGACCCUGCGUGAGGACUAUUACAGUUGGAUGGUGCCUGCUACCACGUGGGAAAUGAGCCCCCACACCUGCCCCAAAGCCAUGUGCUGCUUUUCCUGGGGUAUCUGAGAAGCUAAAGAAAUCUUUAAUAAUGGGGUUUUUAUAUUCUCUCAUCACCGCUCUCUGUAUCACGUUUUACAGUAUUUUAAAAUUCCAAUGGAAAUUGGGUAACAGGGGGAUGUCACGGCCUGAACCAGAGUUGAUGAGUCUCCCUGAAAUGAUCUGUAAUCUGCUAGAGGCUCCAGCUGAGUGGGGGGGAAGAGAGGGUGUCUCGUCUUGCCAGGCGCUGCCCCCACACCCCCCUAGCUGAGAUCAGGGCCCUCGUCCCGCAAGGCGCUGCCCACACACCCCCCUAGCUGAGAUCAGGACCCAUGUCCCGCCAGGCGCAGACAGAGGGUCGCCUGGCUCUCCACGCCUACUGUCAAUCUGGAGUCACUCCGUUACAGCCAGGGGCUUGGCAUAGACUGUGCACCAGCUCGGCACCGCUGUGCUUUACUAUCAUGGUUUUCAGUGCCCUGGGACCCAUCCUGGCCUGCUCUGCACAAACACGGGAGGCAGCUGGCUGCCCUGAUGUGCUAACUAGCCAAGCUAGCCCCCAAGUGGGGACAGAGGGCUGGCCUCCAGGGGCAGUGGGCUGGCUGCAGGGAGCACGGGCAUGCCCCUUGCUGGAAUCCUGUGCCCAGGCCUGGUGGCCGCACAGCCAGGAGGCUGGGGCUCAACGAGUGAGGGGGGCAGACACAUGCCACGGAGCGGAUUCAAGCUUUGGAAAACCUGCUGGGCACUCCAGCUGUUCCGCUUACCCAGAAAGUUAGGGAUGAUGUGAUAGCCUCAUCGCACCCUGGUGGCAUCACGUGGCUUGGCUGUGCUGCCUCUGGACUUCGGCUUCACUCAGACCUGGGAACUGAGAACAAGGUGCCCCCUUGGCGGGGGGUCUCAUCGCUUCACUCCUUUUGAAGAGUACAAAGAACCCCCAGGAGUCCCUCAAGUCCAGCCCUGGGGUUACUGCCGACGAGUGGCCCCCCAGCAGGAGAACCCUGCUCCAGGUGCUGGGCUGCGGGAUGGUGCACAAGAAACUUGCGCUCCUGACGGUGGGUUAUUCUUCAUGCUGGCCCUGCACUUCAGGCUGGCUCCUUGUCCGGGGCUCCCUUUCUGCGCUGGCUGUUUCCCUGCUGGCUUGGCGAGGUGGACAGGAGUGUGCGCAUAAGGCUUGACCCCGCCACCAACAGGUCUUUUAGCAGGGCUAAGUGCUUGUUGGUCAAUGACCUGCCCAGAUGGGGUCCCUCCCUUGGGAGCAGCUCUUCAGGGACGCAUCAGGCCCUGCCUCCCCUUAAAGGGGCCGGCCAGCCCAGGACAUAUGACUCAAUCCUGGACUGUAAGUACCUACAUGGGGAACAACUCUUGGAUAACAGAGGACUGAUCAGUCUAGCAGCCCAAGGGUCAACAUGAGCCAAAGGCUGGAAGUUGAAGCUAGCCCAGUGCAGACUGGAAAUGUGGUGUGAAGGUUUUAACCGGGAGGGCAUUUAAACACUGAAGCAACUUACCUGGGGUCCUGGUUGAGUCUCCACCACUGGCAAUUUGUAAAUCAAGAUCAGAUGUUUCCUUAAAAGAUUGUCUCAUAGUUCAAAGAGGAAUUAAUUUCAGGGAAGUCUUCUGGUCACAGAGAGCCCUUCUGACCCUAAAUAGGUAAAGGGAGCAGAACGAUCCCCUAUUUUUGAUGGGGAAACUUAGGCACAGAAUUGGCAAUGACUUGGCCAAGCAACUAAACCCAGCUAUCUCAGGUGCCUUAAACACCAAGCUCCAGCUGUUGGCAAAUGCCUGGGAUGUGCACGUGAAAUCAGGAUAGAAAAUAACCAACCAGGUGUGCAAAUUUGUUACAAACCUUUUUAUUUUUUAUUAACAUUUCUGAAUUCCUCUUUUUUUUUUAAAUCUUUACAGUAGUUAAUGUGCAAUUGUCGAUACUCUCAGGUCACAGGAAUGAGGGAGUCACAAAAAUUUCUUGGCACUUAUAACACAGAACAAAUACUGGCAUUAUUGGGGGGCGGGGGCAGGGUUAGAACAACAGCAGGGGGCGCCGGGGAGCAAAGAGUGAGUUGCAUUAAAAAAAAUUUUUUUUAAGGUUUUUUUGUUUUGUUUUCCUCUUUGUAAGUAAGUUAUGAUGGGGGGGGGCAGAGACGGGGGCAUCAGGGGGAGAAACGCUUGAGAUUAUAGAAGCUAAUUGCAUGAACUGAAAGCACUUGGAAGGUGUCCAUGCUGCAUUGGCACGCUCUUUGAACAAUCAGGCGUUCGUGCUUUUUAAAAUGUAAAUUAGAGAUUUUUUUUUCCCCUCAGUUCGUUCUUUUUUGUUGUUGUUGAAAAAGAAAACAAAAAUCAACGAUGAUGGCAACAAAAGGGAAACCAACCCAAAAGCAGCGAAAAAACCCAGGUGCCGCCUCCCAACUCAAAUACGUAAAGUGAAGUCCCGAUUGGAAAGAAAACUCAAACCAUCAUGAAUAAAUUUGCCAGCUCAGGAAAAAAAAAACCCAUUUUGGCAGGGAGUCGGGGGGGGGUGCUUCCCACUUGAGCCUGGUGCUGCGGGGGGCAGAUUGCCAGGUUUCUAGCAUGGUUAAUUUGGGGCGAAGGGAUGUGUGGCUAACACACUGGGGCCUGGGGGAGGAGUGUGUGGCUAACAUCUCGUUCCCAGGCAGGGAUCUAUGGCAUAGACUCUCCCCUGGCUCCUGCGAUAGUGUCAAGUACACCGACGUGCAGGGGCAUCUGGGACUGCCGGCACAUUGCGUAAGGCACAGCAACCCCCAUCUUUGGGUCUCCCGAGUUACAGUGUCAAUGAGGCUGGGAGCACGCUGGGUGGGGGGGAGGGGUGUACGCCCAUCUCAGCCCUCUUGGAGCUGGUGGGGAAGGAUAGGG